GAUCCCAUACUUACUUUACUCUUAGCAAUAUUACAAAAUCUUCCUGCCUCUUUUCAGAAUAAGCAACCGCCCAUGAUAAUAAUACUCAAGUAUAAUAAAAUAUCUCAAUUGCAGAUGGACCUCUCCCCAGCAUCCUUCAAGAGGUAUCUGUGCCAGUGAUCAAUAAUUCCGUUUGCGAAUCAAUGUACAGAUCCGCCGGUUAUAUUGAACAUAUUCCACACAUUUUUAUCUGCGCCGGUUGGAGGCGAGGCGGGUUCGAUUCAUGCGAAGGCGAUUCGGGAGGACCCAUGGUUAUUCAGAGAGAAGACAAAAGAGAAGCCCAAUUUCGGAAAACAUUGAAUUUGCUUGUAUGA